AUACACGCCCCCGACCUCCAACGACACGUGCAGGCCGCGAUGACGUCACGAAGGCACUGCCCAGUCGCGCGCCCAUGAUCUGCGUGUUCGGCGACGAGCUGCAGUCGUGGAUGAAGUUUCCCCCGGACGGACUCUGCGACUACAUCUUCUUCGACGCCAUGGAGAAGGACGGGGGAAACAAGCUAGGCGGCCCGUACCAGGAAAACUUCCGGCACUUCCUUGACAUGGCCGCAUUCUACACGACAAGCGAGUUCGGCGUCGGGUUUGAGUACAUGAGCUGGCCCGCCGUACAUGAACUGGUCAAGGAGCCGGCCACGGAGCGGCAGCUGCAUCGUCUCCUCACUCAGAAGAUCGUGCACUUUGGAUUCUUAAACACUCAUCUGUACAACUUCGGGGCGCGGGACCUCAAAGGACUCCUACAAGUUCUCAAGGGGGAAGAGUGA